GUUUUACUGCUCCGUGUUAUUCCCAAAGCCGAUACUUCCUUUUCAAGUCUUUUCUCUUUCUCUCUCACAAGAUUCUUCCCUCUUCCUUCCUCUCUCUCUAGAACUUCGUCCUUUGCUUUCGUUCUUCUCUGCGCGGUCGUUGCGAACCGACGAAUAAGAGCGAUAACCCUAACACGGCAGUAGAGGUGUACGGUUGAAGCUCAGAUCAGCCAUGGCAGCAGCAACCUGCACUUCCAUGCGGUUCCUACUUUCAGUUUCCCUAACCCUAACUCUGCUCCGCCUCGGCGCCUCCAAUUCCGAAGGCGAUGCGCUGUACACGCUCAAACGGAGCCUGUCGGACCCGGACAACGUCCUUCAGAGUUGGGAUCCCACGCUCGUGAGUCCGUGUACUUGGUUCCACGUCACCUGCAACCAGGACAACCGAGUCACUCGAGUGGAUCUUGGUAACUCUAACCUAUCUGGACAUUUGGUUCCGGAACUUGGGAAGCUGGAGCAUCUGCAGUAUCUUGAGUUGUACAAAAACAACAUUCAAGGAACUAUUCCUCCAGAACUUGGAAACCUAAAGAGUCUAGUUAGCUUGGACCUGUACAACAACAACAUAUCAGGCACCAUUCCGUCUUCAUUGGGGAAAUUGAAGAAUCUUGUCUUUUUACGACUAAAUGACAACCGACUUACUGGCCCUAUCCCCAAGGAUCUUGCUGCUGUUUCAAGCCUUAAAGUAGUGGAUGUCUCCAACAAUGAUUUAUGCGGUACAAUUCCUACCUCUGGGCCAUUCGAGCAUAUUCCAUUGAAUAACUUUGAGAAUAACCCUCGUUUGGAAGGUCCAGAGUUGUUGGGUCUUGUAAGUUACGAUACAAACUGCUCGUGAAUAAGUUGAUGUGGUAGGAUCUCUCUCUCUAUAUAUAUAUAUUCUAAAAUUCAAGUGUAUUACCUCAUAGUGUAAUGGGCAGUGGUAAAUGUAAUCUCUGGUAUAUGUAAAUUUACAUACUGAAGAGCAUUGGCAUUUGUAACAAUAUUAUGAUCUGACAAUGAUUUUGAGACUUGAAUAUCAUCUAUUUUAUGUAAUACUAGAAAAAUUCGACUUGGUUACUCUGAAA